AUGUCUCUUUUACUCCUCCCACCGGAGAUCGCAUUGCUCAUUUCAAGCCAUUUGAACUCGUCCAAAGAUAUUCUCAGCCUCCUCCGAACAAGCCAAAGGCUUUACUAUCUCUUGAUCAAUGAGCUUUACCAAAGGAACAUCCUCUCAGAUGGUGGAUCGGCCCUUGUAUGGUAUGCAGGUCGUGAGGACGAACUUGGAGUCCAGAAUAUGCUUCGUGCGGGCGUGAAUGUCAACGUUCGAUCGCCAAAUCGCGCACAGUCGACAGCUCUUCUGGAAGCGGUUUCUUUGAAGCAUACUAGUGUCGUUGAAGCCCUUCUUAAGAAUGGGGCUUUGCCAGAUGUGGCCGAUUCCCGAUCCAGAAGACCUUUGAUUUUGGCGACAAAGGGUCGCAGCGAUGUGGCGAUCACCAAGUUGCUUUUAGAGCAUGGAGCCAUGGCUAAUUCUGUUGCAUCUGACAAACAUGCUCCACUACAAGAGGCCAUCCGUUCAAAUCAGGAAUCCAAAGUUGUAUUGCUUUUGAAAUAUGGGGCUGUUACACACAUCUUGGAACGCCGGACCGGGAUGACUCUCAUGCACGUGGCAGCUUCCAAGAACACUACCCCCGGAAUUAUCCACAUUCUCAUAGGCUCUGGUCUUCAAUUGGAGUCUCAAGACAAUAUGGGCAGAACGCCACUUCAAGUCGCAGCUGAUCAUUCAUGCACCCGCGCUGUGCGACUGUUACUAAAUCACGGCGCCAAUCCGAACUUCAAAAAUCAGAAUCAGUACUGGAAAGGGUGGAGUGCACUGUUCUACGCGGCAACGAAUCCCAGCAUUCCUGGAAAUGGCCGAAAAAGCAUCAUUCGAACACUAUUUCUACAUGGAGCCGAGCUCGAUGCAAGAAAUCACGCCCAAAAAACGCCGUUACUCCAUGCUGUCUCUCAGAGCGCCAUCAAACAAGCGCAUGCUCUUGUUGAAUGUGGUGCCAGUAUCACGGCUACAGAUAUCAACGGAGAAACAGUUCUUCAUUUGGCUGCUUCUUCAUCAAGCUGGUGUCCCGGUAUGAUAGGCUGGCUUGUUGACAACGGCGCUGAUGUUAAUUGGGUCGGCGGCAAGCAUAGUGAGACACCGAUCUUCUACGCUAUCAGGAACUACUGGAACCGACAAGGCAUGGCAUGCCUAAGAACCCUUCUGUCACUUGGGGCUGAUGUUCAAUUUCAAAAUAUCGAUGGUCUGACACCUCUUUCCCUUGCUGUGUGCCUCGGAUCUAUUGAGUCAACAGAGAUUCUACUCGAACACGGAAGCUAUGUUAAUUCGAGAGACAAGACCGGCAGAUCCCCUCUGCAUCACGCCGCCGAAGCACAAAAUGUUGACAAGAUUGUCGGACUUCUCAUUCAAUACGGGGCUGAUGUGAACUCUCGGGAUAUGCUUGGAUUCACGCCACUGCAUAGGAUUGUUGCCAAAGAAGGGACGUGGGAAGCAGCGGGGGAAUUGUUAAAGGCCGGCGCUGAUCGAAAUGCUAUUUCUGAUGAUGGAAAGUUUCCUCAUGAUAUGGUUGCUGAUGGCCCUUGGGCGGAAACGAAACGUUCAUUGAUCCGGUUUUUCGUGUUGUGA